AUGGCGUCCCAAACAACCCCGGCGGAGGGAAAGCAGUCUCCUAUCCAUAUCGAGGAUGGAUCCAAGCUCGAUAGUGAGAGCAACGAGGCAUUUACCCCAAAAGAAGCUGCCUCCUUGCGGCGUCGAAUUGAUCUGCGACUUAUUCCGGCGUUGGGUUUCAUGUAUGGAAUAUCACUUAUGGAUCGAAAGAACGUCUCGAAUGCGGCCAUCGCCGGCAUGAGGACAGACCUUUCCUUGCUAGAGGGAUAUCGGUACAGUCUCAUAACUCUAUGUUUCUUUAUCACAUACGUCGUUUUCCAAUCUCCGAUGACAGUGAUAUGCCGCAAGGUCGGGCCUCGCAUAUUCUUACCAGGCAUCUGUUUUCUAUGGGGCGCUCUCGUUAUCGGGCUUGGAUUUGCGAAAAAUUGGACCACAGUGGUGGGCCUGAGACUUGUGCUUGGAAUUCUGGAAGCUGGCUAUUUCCCCGGCUGUGUUUACCUCUUGUCGACGUGGUACACCCGGUUCGAGGUUGCACGGCGAUACUCGGUAUUUUACUUGAUCGGUAGUCUUGCGUCCGCCUUGUCGGGAAUCCUUGCAUAUGGCUUAAUGCAAAUGGAGGGUGUUCAAGGUAUUCGCGGAUGGAGAUGGAUUUUCAUUAUGGAAGGUGUUAUAACCUGCGCAAUUGCAAUUUUCGCAUAUGCCUUCAUCGUCCGGUUCCCCGACCAGGAACGAGACAAACCCUCCUUCCGGUUUCUACAGCCUCACGAAUGCCAGUACAUCAUUGAUCGUCUGGAGGAAGAUAGACGAGAUGUGGUAGCUGAAAAAUUUACCCUUAAACGAUUUUUGAAGCCGGCUGGAGAUUUCGAGAUAUGGGUGUUUGCAUUCAUGUUCUUCUGUCUCACCACUGUCACUUAUGCGUUUGCAUUCUUCCUACCCAUCAUUCUACGAGAUAAUCUGGGUUUCAGCCUUGCUGCGUCCCAAUGUCUCAUUGCGCCCCCGUACGUCUUCUCGGCAAUUCUGAUGUUCGUAACAUCAUGGAUUAGUGAUCGCUACCGGAUGCGCGCGCCCAUUAUACUCCUGAACUGCAUCAUCUUAAUUGUUGGACUCCCUAUCAUGGGAUUCCAUUCAAACAAUGCAGUGCGAUAUUUUGGGGUGUUCAUUGCUGUUGCUGGUGCCAAUGCCAAUGUUCCUGCUAUAAUGGCAUAUCAGGCAAACAACAUUCGUGGCCAGUGGAAGCGUGCUUUCUGCUCAGCGACCCUGACUGGUUUUGGAGGCAUUGGUGGAAUCUCUGGGAGUCUUGUGUUCCGAAGCCAGGAUCGGCCGGACUACAUGCCCGGUAUGGUGGCAUGUAUUGUCUGCGCGGUGGCCAUUAUGAUCUGUGCUACACUUCUCACCCUGUACUUCAGGGCUACAAACAAGAAGGCUGAUCGGGGCGAGAAGAUUAUUGGUGAAGAUCCUGACUUCAGGUAUACGCUGUAGAAAGUUGUGUACUCGCACAAUUUCGUACGUUUUACGAAGAUGAAAAUGAUUCCUCGAUAAUCGAAAUAAUGAAAUUUAAC